AUGGCUCUGGCGUUUGAUACUGCUUGUAGUCGAGUGAAGGAUGUCUGUAAAAGGAACGGAUUGCUCAUUCUCUCAGUUUUAUCUGUCAUUGUUGGAUGUCUGCUGGGUUUCUUCCUGAGAACAAGACACCUCUCAGACCAGGAAAUAAAAUAUUUCCAAUUUCCUGGUGAGCUGUUGAUGCGGAUGCUGAAAAUGCUGAUCCUUCCUUUGGUUGUUUCAAGUUUAAUGUCGGGAUUAGCAGCUCUGGAUGCCAAGUCUUCAAGUCGUUUGGGUAUCAUAACUAUUGCCUACUACCUAUGGACAACGUUUGUGGCUGUGAUUAUAGGAAUAAUUAUGGUGUCUAUUAUUCAUCCUGGUGGAGCAGCCCAGAAGGAGAUCACUGAACAAAGUGGGAAGCCAUUCGCCAGUUCAGCUGAUGCACUGCUGGAUCUGAUUCGGAAUAUGUUUCCUUCCAAUCUCAUUGAAGCUACCUUUCAACAGUAUCGGACCCAAACUAUUCCAAUAAUUAAAUCUCCUCAGAAGGUUUCGUCUGAAGCUACAACUCGCCGUGUCCUGAUAUAUGGUGUCCGCGAUGACAAUGGGACAGACAUUCAGAGCUUUGCCUUAGAUAUCACUCCAGCUCCAGAUGUCAUCUACCAGUCUGCACCAGGCACUAGCAGUGGCAUGAACGUACUAGGCAUUGUGAUAUUCUCUGCGACAAUGGGAAUAAUGCUGGGUCGAAUGGGUAGCAGUGGCAUUCCAGUGGUCAGUUUCUGUCAGUGCCUAAAUGAAUCUGUUAUGAAGAUUGUGGCUGUUGCUGUAUGGUAUUUCCCAUUUGGAAUUGUGUUCCUUAUUGCUGGCAAAAUCCUGGAAAUGGAUGACCCUUCAGCCAUUGGGAAGAAGUUGGGAUUUUACGCCAUCACAGUGGUAUGCGGUUUGGUGGUACAUGGACUUUUCAUCUUACCCAUGAUGUACUUCUUAAUUACCAAGAAGAACCCCAUAGUCUACAUCAGAGGCAUUCUUCAGGCCUUGCUAAUAGCUUUGGCUACUUCAUCCAGCUCAGCCACGUUGCCUAUAACCUUUAAGUGCCUACUUGAAAACAACCAUAUAGACAGAAGGAUUGCCAGAUUUGUGCUUCCAGUUGGGGCUACAAUUAAUAUGGAUGGAACUGCUUUGUAUGAAGCUGUGGCUGCAAUCUUUAUUGCUCAAGUCAACAACUAUGAAUUGGACUUUGGACAGAUUAUAACCAUCAGCAUCACUGCUACAGCUGCCAGUAUUGGAGCUGCAGGCAUUCCACAAGCUGGCCUUGUGACAAUGGUCAUCGUAUUGACAUCGGUUGGCUUACCUACAGAUGACAUCACAUUAAUUAUUGCAGUGGACUGGGCACUAGACAGAUUUCGAACAAUGAUAAAUGUACUGGGAGAUGCUUUUGCAGCAGGGAUUAUGGCUCAUCUGUGCCGAAAGGACUUUGCUGCUGAAAAUGACGAGGUCACUGUGAUAUGUGAAACAAAACCCAUCAGCAUUCAGCAGGUUGUGGCAUGCCAGAGGAAUGGUUGCGUGAAGAUUACAAACCAGUCCACAACAUCAGACACUACGCAUGUUGAGGUAGAGAGAGAACUCGACCCAGACAAAGACUUCUCAGAAGAAGCUAGUGUUACUGAUCAUUGCACAAUUGAAAUCAAUGAACUGGAAACCAAUGUAUAA